CUACAUUAUCAUGGGAAAGUCUAAACGAAGUAUUAAUCCAGCCGAUGCCUUACGUAAAGCGCAGCGGAAACGAGAAUUGAAGAAGAAUAAAGAAAUUCGAAAAAGUCAACGGGAAGCUGGACUAGCGAAAAAGGACACUCAAAAACUACGAGUUGAUAUUUCACGUCUGGAAGGAUUAGAACGUGCUGGUACUAUUGAUAAGAACGGACAAACUCGAUUGGCUCAAUUACGAGAUGAACUGACUCAGAUUGAAAAAGCAAAAAAGGAAGUUAACAAACCUUUAUCCAAAGCACAAGAAGCACUAGCAGCACGACAACAACAACAAACUCAUGAUUCAAGGAAACUUGUAUUUGAUCCCAAAUCUGGCAAAUUUGUCCCUGUGAAAAGAAAAGAAUCAAGCAAGGAAACCAAAGAAGCUGGCGAUGAACAAGGUGAAGAGAGUUCUGGUUCUUCAAGUGAUGAAGAUUCUGAUUCAAGCAUGGAUGAAUCUGACACUAAUAUUGAAGGCAUUGAGGUGGAAAUGGAUGAAAACCAAGAAGAUAACAAGGAAGUAUUGUUAGAGAAAGAUAUUCCUAAUCAACUAGCUGAAACCAAGGACAGUACCGACGAGGAAGAUGAUGAUAUACCAAUGCCAGAAGGACCACGACCAACUACAGAAACAAAAAAUGACGAUAAAGAAACAACAAUGAUGGAUUCUGAUGAUGAUAUUGAUAUUCCAUUACCACCAGGUCCACCUCCACCAAAACCAUUCCAAGAUCAACUUUUAUCAACAAUGAAACCCCCUACACUUACAUCUUUUGGAACUGUAAGACCCAUACGGCCGCCCCCACCUCCACCUGGUCCUCCUCCUCCUCUUCGAUAUACAGAAAUGCAACGUCCACCUCCACCACCUCAUUUACAAUAUGGUACAAUGCGUCCACCAAUACCUUUCACACAAAGACCUCCUCCUCCACCACCACCAAGACCAUCCUAUGGAUAUCCUACACAUCGUCCUAUGCAACAUCGUCCACCUUAUCGACCAUAUCAAGGACCUCAUCAAAUUGUACAUCGACCUGUAUCUGGUCCACCAACAACACCAUCUGUACCAAGUAGUACUACAGCAACAUCAACUACAGCAACCAUCUCGGCUGAACCUCAACUACGUGAUCUACAAAAGGAAUUGGUAGCAUUUGUACCAGCAGCAUUACGACGCAAACAAGCACAAGCAAAGAAAACGGAAUCUUUACCUAAAGGAGCUCGACCAAACAAUAUCAACUUGGCACCUGAUGUGGAAUGACUAGUUUAGAAAAGUUAGGAUUGUUUAUAGUUUUUGUACUUUAUUUAUGGAAAAUAAAGUGCGGUAUACUUUGACAAAAUUGAA